GACACCUUCCCUGGACUUUGGUAGGAAGAAGGGCCAGUGCAGAGACCUGGUGAAGCUGGUCCGCUCUGUGCUCUUUGCGGGUAAGGGCAAGGCUGGGGAAUUAGGCUGACUUGGCUGAUAAGCUUCAGAAACCGCCUAAGGCAAGGAGGGCAUUUGUUGGUCCGUAAAACUGUCAAGUCCAGAGACAUGGCUGACUUUGAGCUCAAAAGGGUAUCGUCAGGACCCUGUGUCAUUUCUCUCUUCAUGUUCUGUCCUGGAGGUGUUUCUUAGGUGCUGGGGGCUCUCCUGGUGCUCAUCCCCCCACUGACAGGCUCAGUGGAGAAAGGAAGCCCCUCUGAUUGGCCUGUGCUCCUCUGCCCCUGCUCUGACACCCCACUGAGGCAGGGGGGCUGCAUUACCCUGAUGUCCCAGGCUUAGGGAAGUGCUCCUCCGUGAGACCUGGGUUCCCGGGUGUGCCCAGCCCAGAUGCCCAAAUAAGAACCGAGGCUGUUAGAUGACGGGGACCCAGACACAGCCUGCUGCAGCGAAUGAGACAGGGAGAGGGAAGAAGGGCCCGUGGGAGCAGGCUGGACGUGGACGAGGAAGAGUUGUGUUCUGAGCGUGAGCGGGCGACAUCUGCCGCCCUUCCCUGCUGGGUCAUUCACCGAGGGCUGUCACAGCUGCAGCAGCAACAGCAGAUGAUCACUGCGUACUUGCUGCAUGCCAGGCUUCAGGCCAAGCCCUUUAUCCUGUUCUGUCUGUCCUCCCCCCGUGAGAAUGUCCUGUGGUCACUCUCUGUUAAUGAGCCAGGAAACCACGGUCGAGCACCAUUUUGCUGCUUGCCACACAGCUAGUAUUAUUGCAUGAGGAUCAAAAUUCAGUCCCAGGCUGCCCCGCUGUCUCACCUUCUCUGCAUCCCGAGUGAGGAACCGGCUGUGCCGCGCCGGCGGCAUCGAACCACCCAGCCUGCUCGUUCCCUUUCUGGUUCUCUUUCACUUCUGCCUCCAGAUCAGGGCUCAAGUCUCAGUUGGGAGCUAAUCUGUCGCUCAGGCCUCUCUAACAUUUUUACAAACAUCUCUUGGUAACGCACAAGCCUCAGCCCCACAGCCUCUGCAGCAAGAGUGCGGUGGGGCUAAGAUUUAAUAACGAGGCGUUUAUUCUAUUUCUUCCUCUUCUGGCAAGAGGGACUAGAUUUUCCCUUCUGUAGAGAUAAGGUUUCUCACCGUAUUUAAGCUGAAAAGCGAUACGACGUAAAGAAAGGUGUAAAGGAAAUAAUAGUUCAGAUGGAGCUCAGUACAAACUCCGGGAAGGUGCCUCGCCAGCCACGGAUUUGCGAGUCCCCAGCUCUGAGUUCUUCUGCAGCAGAAAGUGUCAAGUCAUGUGCAGGUGGCGGCGGCGAUGGUGGUGGGGCCCGAGGCCUGGGCUGACACGGACAUGUCUUUUCAGAGCCGUGACCGUCUAUGACAAGCCGGCAUCUUUCUUUAAAGAGACACCCUUGGACCUGCAACACCGGCUCUUUCUGAAGCUGGGCUGCGCCUACUCUGCAUUCAAGGCCCGCUCAGAACCCCUGGACCCGGACACAGAGAGGUCGGCCUUCACAGAGCGGGAUGCUCGGCGUGGGGUGGUGUCGCAUCUUCGUGGGCGGCCGGCCCUGUUGGUCAGCAGCACGAGCUGGACAGAGGAUGAAGACUUCUCCAUCCUACUGGCAGCAUUAGAAAAGUUUGAACAGUUGGUCCUGGACGGAGAGAACCUUCCUUCUCUGGUGUGUGUGAUAACAGGCAAAGGGCCUCUGAAGGAGUAUUACAGUGGCCUCAUCGGCCAGAAGCAUUUCCAGCACAUCCAGGUCUGUACUCCGUGGCUGGAGGCUGAGGACUACCCCCUCCUUCUAGGGUCGGCAGACCUGGGUGUGUGCCUGCACAAAUCCUCCAGCGGCCUGGACCUGCCCAUGAAGGUGGUGGACAUGUUUGGGUGCUGUCUGCCCGUGUGCGCUGUGAACUUCCGGUGCUUACACGAGCUCGUGAAACAUGAGGAGAACGGCUUGGUCUUCGAGGACUCAGAGGAGCUGGCGGCUCAGCUGCAGAUGCUUUUCUCAUCGUUUCCCGAUCCUUCUGGCAAACUAAGCCAGUUCCGGCAGAACCUCCGGGAGUCAGAGCAGCUUCGUUGGGAUGACAGCUGGAAGCAGACGGUGCUCCCUUUGUUUAUGGACACGUGACCCUUUGGGCCAAAGACUGAGAGCUCCUGAGCGAGGCCCAAUUCCUUUUAGCCACUUCCAGCCUGGCUGGCCUUGGACAAAUGCUUUAGAGCAGCGCCUCCCAGUGGACAGAAGCUGGAAGGACGGCUGUGGAAUGAAAUGUUUUUAUACCGCAGUUUGUGGCCCAGGAAACUGGUUCAGCCUGGUUUCCUCCCUCGAGGCUCUCAAUCACUCCUCUCUCCUCCUGACUGGAGUCUUUCUUCCCCCCCAGUAUUAUUACUUUCCCGUUAUUUGCACGUGGUAUCGUCAUCUCUUAGUCCGUUAUGGUACCUGCCUUUCCUAGCAUCUGCUUUGUUGUGUCCCUAAUAUUGUCAUUCCUGCCUUGAGGACGGGCACUGCAGCCUGCUGCCUUGUAAGAGCAAUAAGACGGGCCACAUGUACAACAGGCGUGGCUUCCUGACGGACGAGGGUCCAGGCUCUGGCGGGAAGAGGGGGUUGGGAGGCGGUGGGAAACAUAAUCUGUGCUUUUAUUUGCCCAAAUGAAAUGCUUGUUUCUGAGCCAAAAAUUAAUUUUUGAUUUAUGGAGGUUUACUUAAGAGCCAUAACUUGUGACAGAAAGAGGCAUCCACUUGAAUAUAUUUUAUUAGAAUACAGUUUGCAGUUCCUGAUUCUGAA